UGACGGAAUAUUGUGUAAUAAAAUUAUCGUCGUGUGUGUAAUGUGUAUGUUAUUGUUGUUUUCUACUUGUCAAAUAUUGUGUACUCCAGCGGCGCGGGUUUUAUUGUUGUAAAUAAUAUCGAUUUAGUGAAUAUUGAUUAGUGGUUUUGUGAAGUGCAUUUGUUUUUCAAGAAUAUGGGAAAUAUACAUACCGUGGGCCCGAAUGAGGCGCUAAUAGUAUCAGGUGGCUGUUUCGGGUCUACUCAGAAGCGAACGAUAGUAGGGGGAUUUGCGUGGGCUUGGUGGCUUGUCACUGAUGUACAGCGUAUAUCUCUUGAGGUUAUGACAUUAAAUCCAAUGUGCGAGUAUGUGGAAACUGCACAAGGAGUUCCGUUAACGGUCACCGGAGUCGCUCAGUGUAAGAUCAUGAACGAAGAUGAGUUGCUAACAACGGCCUGCGAACAGUUCCUUGGGAAGUCCGUUAAAGAGAUCAAGAUGACUGUGCUGCAAACUUUAGAAGGUCAUCUGCGUGCAAUAUUGGGAACGCUUACAGUCGAAGAGGUGUACAAGGACAGAGACCAGUUCGCGGGUCUGGUUCGAGAGGUGGCGGCGCCGGACGUCGGUCGGAUGGGCAUCGAAAUACUAUCCUUCACGAUCAAGGACGUGUACGAUGACGUCCAGUACCUGGCGAGUUUGGGGAAGGCGCAGACGGCGGUCGUGAAGCGAGACGCUGACAUUGGCGUCGCACAAGCGAACAGGGAUGCCGGGAUACGGGAGGCAGAAUGCGAAAAAAGUGCGAUGGACGUGAAGUAUUCCAUGGAUACCAGGAUAGAAGAUAACACGAGGCUGUUCAAGUUGCAAAAGGCGCAGUUCGACCAGGAAAUAAACACUGCUAAAGCUGAAGCCGCUUUAGCGUACGAACUGCAGGCUGCGAAAAUCAAACAAAAAAUACGAAACGAAGAAAUACAAAUCGAGGUCGUGGAGAGACGCAAACAAAUAGAGGUAGAGCAACAGGAAAUCAUGCGACGUGAGGAGGAGCUCACGGCGACGAUACGGCUCCCGGCCGAAGCGGAAGCGUAUCGUUUGCAAGCGAUUGCCGAAGGAAAACGAACUCAAACAGUGGAAGCGGCUAAAGCCGAUGCUGAACGCAUUAAGGUGCUCGGUUUAGCUGAAGCGACGGCCAUCGGCGAUGUGGGCAAGGCUGACGCAGAACGCAUGCUCGCCAAAGCUAAGGUCUACAAGCAGUAUGGAGAUGCAGCCAUCAUGGCUCUCGUACUCGAAGCUUUGCCAAAGAUUGCGGCAGAAGUAUCCGCUCCGCUAGCAAAGACGGACGAGAUAGUCCUCGUCGGUGAUAACGGUGCUACGGGCGAAGUGGCGCGUCUCGCUGGAGGCAUCCCGCCCGCACUGCGGACCCUCACCGGGCUCGACAUCUCGCAGGUGCUCAAGAGGCUGCAUCCAAGCACAGAAGAAACCUCCCUCUCUUCUACCACUAGCAAGAAGAAGGAGGUAACAGCCUGUUAAUCUGUCUGUCACGAGAUACAGAAGUGCCAUAGCUACGAUUCCCGUGUAAUUUGGAAAAUGUGGUCAUUGUUAUGUAACAAAGACAUUUUAUUUCUUGUAUUACUUUAAAAUGUAAAGUUCAAUAGAAUUUGUGUUGUUCUGUCAACUGUACGUGUUUCUGUUCGACGAUUUCGUCUUUUAUAAUGUUGAUACGGAAUUAAACGUGUAUCAUAAAUGGUGUCUACAAGUCUUGUAAUAUUUGUGAAAAAUGUGAAUCUAUUUAGGCUUCGUAGUGACUUAGAUUUUGUACGGUACUAAAAAUCGAAGUGUUCCCCAACACUGCCUUGAAAAUUAUACAAUGUUUUUUCUUCGUGUAGUAUAAUCGUAAAAUUACACCGACAGUUGUAAAGUAAUUAAUUAUAAAAAUUUUCUAGACAACUUUAUCUAAAAUAAUGUUUAUCUAAAGCAACUGACUCUGUGAUUUUACUCGUGUGAUGUGUGAAUAAACAUUCGAUUGGUUUCUCUUUUUAGUGUUGUGAUAUUAUUCGUUCACGAAAACGCUGUUCGACAUUUAAAGCACAAAUUUUUAUUUUUUAAUACUUAUUUUAUUAAUACCUCAUAUUUUAAUAAUUUAAUUUAUAUUUUGUCUGUACUUUUAAGUAUAUGAUUGUGUAAUGGAACCAAUUAAUUAUAUAAAUUAAU